ACAUGUGCCCUGCUGUCUGUGGAACGAUCGUUUUUUCUUCACAAUUAUUUUUUAACCCGGUGAGACGAAGCCUUCUCUUCCAAGGCACUCCCUCGGCCUUUCUCGUGUGUUCACGACCUGUACCCGCUCCGAGCUUUACCCACUCUCCCUCUCAGCUUCCGUUCCCCCGAUCGCUACUGGAGCUGAUCGGGCGAUGCUGUCCGUUGUGGUCUAGCCACUCUAAGGCCGUCCGGUUUGUCCGGAGAAGCUGUCUCCCUCCCUUACCACUGUCGUCGUGCCUUCUCCUCCGUCCAGUCGCUGCCGGAGCUGCCUCCCUCGGAGCUGUGAUCCCGCUGGAGCUUGCUCAGCCCUCCCCACUGUCCGAUCGUCGCAUGACCUACCCUCCCGCACGCCCUGCUUCCCUCCACUCUUCUUCAAUUUGUUAGGUUGUUCUAGUUUCUGCACUUUACCUGAGGCCACGUGGUGAUAUACCAGUCCAUAUUUUAUGGAUCUGAAGGAGAAGCUAAACAAAUUCAGGAGUCAACAAGAGAAGUGCCAGUCAACUCUUGUAGGUAUCUCAGCACAGGCAACAGCUUCCAAGCCAAAGCAGCCUCAUAGGGCUGCCCCCACAACUUCAGUUCCACAGAAACCCCCUGUUCCAAUUAAAUUUUCUAAUGAUACUGAAAGGCUUCAGUACAUUAAUUCUAUUAGAAAAUCCACAGCUGGUUCACAGAUUAAGCGUGUUAUAGACCUGCUUUUUGAGACAAGGCAGGCACUCACACCUGAGCAAAUCAACGAGUUCUGUUAUGUUGACAUCAGUGCAAAUAAGACGGUGUUCGAUAGUUUGAGGAAGAAUGUCAAAGUAAAUUAUGACGGAAGGUGCUUUUCUUAUAAGUCAAAACAUGACAUAAAGAGCAAACAAGAGCUUCUUGUUCUUAUCCGUAAAGCUCCAGAGGGGGUUGCCGUAAUUGACCUCAAGGAUGCAUAUCCAUCUGUUAUGGAGGAUCUGCAGGAACUUAAAGCAGCUGGUGAGGUUUGGUUGCUUUCUAACUUGGACUCUCAGGAAGACAUUGUGUACCCAAAUGAUCCAAGGGCGAUAAUGAAAGUAGAUGAUGACAUAAAGCAGCUUUUCAGAGGGAUAGAAUUGCCUAGAGACAUGGUUGAUAUAGAAAAGGAUCUGCAGAAGAAUGGAAUGAAACCAGCAACCAACACAGCCAAAAGGAAAGAAGUGGCACAGGUGCAGGGAAUCAAGCCUAAACAGAAACAGAAAAAGAAGCGUGAGUUCACCAAGAGGACCAAGCUGACCAAUGCACAUCUUCCAGAGCUCUUCCAGUGAUAAUGUUCCUGGUUCGUGAAUCGCUGGCACAAAAAAUCAAGGCAAUUGCAUGAUUAGGUGCCGCAUUUUCUUUUUAUGGUUGAUUUGGUGCAGUUCAUCACUGGUUCCAUUUUGAGGCAUAAUAUUUUUGGGCCGUUUAGCAUUGGGAAUAUCAUGUGAGUGUUUCAUGGAUCUUUCCCAAAACAUGGACAAAUUUGUGAAAUACUUAUUCAAAAGUUUCAUGAAUCUACCCUAAUUUUGGGAUAGAUUGAUGGAACAACUCACAUGGUAUUCCUAAUGCCAAAUUACCCCUUUUAUAACAUAUUGUUUGAUCCCAUUGUCUAAUAAUCAUGCAAACGAAUGGGGCAGCAUCAAGAUUUCAGGCAUCCCCUUGUGGCCAGGGAUAUAUUUGGUGUGUCCUUAAUUUUUCUUCAUGGUUAUAUGGAUCAUGUAUAGCUGAAUUCAUCUUUCCCAUGUUCUCAUAAAGCGUGUUUGGCAGCACAAGUUAUUAUU